UGAGCAAGAGAAGGAAAAUUUUGUGGAGGCCUCUAUGCUAUCAUCAGAAGCAGCCAAGACCCUUGUGGAGAAAGAGGCAUUUGUAAAUCAAAGGCGACUGAAAAGGCAAAUAAGUGAAAAUCUACAUUUACAGAAACCAUAUAAAUGCACGAAAUGUGGAAAGACCUUCCAUCAGAAUGCACAUCUAUGUGCACAUAAAAUAAUCCACAGAGGGGAGAAACCAUUUGAAUGCAUGGAAUGUGGAAAGAGCUUCAGUAAUAGUGGAAGUCUACAUUUGCAUCAAAAAAACCACACAGGGGAGAAAUCACAUAAAUGCAUAGAAUGUGGAAAGAGCUUCAGACAGAGUGGAAAUCUAACGUCACAUCAAAAAACGCACACAGGGGAGAAGCCAUAUGAGUGUGUGGAAUGUGGAAAGACCUUCUGUUGGAGUGCAAAUCUACGUUUACAUCAAAGAUCCCACACAGGGGAAAAAACAUAUAAAUGUGUUGAAUGCAGAAAGAGCUUCAUUCACAGUGGAAAUCUUCAUUCACAUCAAAGAAUCCACACAGGUGAGAAACCAUACAAAUGCAUACAAUGUGGAAAGGGCUUCAGUCAAAGUACACAUUUAAAUUUACAUCAAAGAAGCCAUACAGGGGAGAAACCAUAUAAAUGCAUGGAGUGUGGAAAGAGCUUCACUCGGAGUGGAUGUCUACGUUCACAUCAGAGAACCCACACAGGGGAGAAACCAUAUAAAUGCAUGGAGUGUGGAAAGAGCUUCAGUUGGAGUGGACAUCUCAGUUACCAUCAGAGAACCCACACAGGGGAGAAACCAUAUAAAUGCAUAGAGUGUGGAAAGAGCUUCACUCAGAGUGGAUGUCUACGUUUACAUCAGAGAACCCACACAGGGGAGAAACCAUAUAAAUGCAUGGAUUGUGGAAAGAGCUUCACUCAGAGCAGACAUCUACGUUCACAUCAGAGAACCCACACAGGGGAGAAACCAUAUAAAUGCAUGGAAUGUGGAAAGACCUUUUCUCAUAGUCAAACUUUAUAUUCACAUCAAAGACUUCACACACGCUAAUUCAGUACUUAUUAAAAAAAAAUUGCAAGCUUCAGUAUCUGGAAUCUCUAACCAGAUUUUUGAUUUGAACAAACAUGUAAGAGAAAUCAAUGGGAACAAAGACCAAACAUUUGAUGUGUUAAUAUUAGAGAUUAUUAGACAACAAUUAGAGAUUUUAGACCUUAUGUUCUGCCAAUAAUAUAAGGCCCAUCCAAUUCCUCACUUGCCUUCCAGACUAAUUCAUUGCCUAGAAAGUGGUAGAGGCUACAAGAGUGUCAACUAUUUUAGACGUGAUCCUAAUCAACAGUGAAGACUUAGUUAACAGAGUGGAAGUUGGAUCCUUAGGAGGAUGUGAACAUGUUCUCCUGUGUUUGUUAUAUAGCAGAAAGGGGAAGCCAAGAAUAUUCAGGCAUGCAUACUAAAUGUUAAGAAAGCUGAUUUCAGUAAAAUUACGACAAUAAUGGGUGUGAUCCCAUGGUAAGGAAUACUAAAAGAGAAGUAUGUUUGUGAUGGAUGGAAAUUUCAUAGAAGUUUGAAAUUGUGUCUUCAAUAUCAAACAGUUCUAUUGAGGAGGAAAAAUCGGAGGUGUCUAAAGAACUUUCAACUGAGCUAUAACUCAAAAGGGACAAAUCUAAGAAAUGGAAAAGGGAAAAGUACCAAAAAGAAAUCCAAACAAAUAAAUUCAAAUGAUUUCAAGUCUAUAGUUUUUUUGUGGGUUUUUGGGCUAUGUGGCCAUGUUCUAGCGCCAGAUGAACAUCUAGGGAGAAACUUGGAAACCUAAAGCAAAGAACUAGCUCAAGAUUGCUAGAGAGGUUCAAAACAAUAAAAAGGUUUUUGAUUAUGUAUGUAGCAAAAAAGAAAAGAAAAGGUAAGGCCACUACAUGGAGAAGAUGGCAAAAUGUUAAUAGGGGACAGAGAAAAGGCAGAAUGACUCAACACCUUCUUUGCCUCAGUCUUCUCCCAAAAGAAAAACGGUGUUCAACAUGGGGAAAAUGGACCAGAUGAUGCAGUAGGAGAAAUGCAACACUGAAUAGGUAAAGAGGUAGUACAGGAAUACCUGGUUAAUCUAAAGAAACUCUAGUCUGCAAUGUAGUAGCGCCUGAGAGCAUCAAUCGGGACAUAAUAAAUAAUGUUACAGAAUGCCACCUUGGAACAUCCUGAUACUGAGAGUUAAAAUAGCCCUGAUAAGGGAAGAUAGAAUGUGCCCACAUGGAGUUCCAAAUGUAUACAUUUUUGUAUCCAAUGAAUGUAUGAUUAUAUAUGUUUAGAUUUUCAUGUAGCCAAUCCAUAGUAUAGAAGUUUUCUUUGUCUGAGUCCCUAUAAAACCAUAAGUUGCUUUUUGUUCUGGGCUUCAGAUCACUGAAAAGUUAUUUCUCUCUGAAGGCACUGGCUGAAACUAAUAAAUGCUGAUUUCGUGUGAAGAUUCUGGGGUCUCCUGCCUGAUUGUUUGUUGGCGUGAGAGGAGCAGGAUUUCUUAAUAUUUUAAGAAAUCUACAAACCAGGACCAGAUGAACUACAUCUAAGGGCAUUAAAAGAACCCACUGUCAAUAAUCUCUUGGAAUUCCUGGAGAACAGGAGAGGUCUCAGCAGAGUGCAGGAGGGCAAAUGCUGUGUCUGUUUUAAAGGAGGAGGGAGAGAACGCAAACAAUUACUGCCAAUUCAACCUGACAUCAAUACUAGGAAAGAUUCUAGAGCUGAUCAUUAAACAGGCAGUCUCUAAGCCAGUGAUAGUAACCUUUUAGAGACUGAAGUUAUUUCGCUUUCCAAAGAGGCAACUGGAGGCUAGGAAGGGUCGAAAAGAAGGGGGAAAGGGCGUGCACAUCUCCUUUCCCUGUGCCGUUCCUCACCUCCAACU